UUAAGACAUCCGGGAUAAAUAACUGAGCUGAGCUCAAUAAAGCCAAAACAUGUGCGUCCAGGCUUAAUUGGUUGCACAAAGACCAAGCCAGGAUGAGCAGACACGGAUUCAUUAAGCCAGGUGAAACCAAUCCUGGAUAGGUGCGCGCUCACGGCUCACUCAAAUAGACCCCGCCACAGAUCACAGAUUAACUGAUUUACCAUGGCAACUAGAGCCGCGUACUUUUCCCCGUCGGAAGCACAAAUCCUCAUGGAGGCAUACGAGGAGGUAAAAGAUAUAAUUAAGAAGAAAGGCAACACCGCCACAGUGAUAAAGCAAAGAGAAAAAGCGUGGCAAAGUAUUGCAGACCGCCUGAAUGCAUUAAACAUGAACGGGCCAAAACGGACAUGGCAGCAGGUCAAAAUCAAAUACAAGAACAUUCUGCAGAAUGCAGUGAAAAAGAAUACCCACAGACAAGGCACGGGUGGUGGGUCACCAAAGGCUGACCUUACCCCAGCAGAGGACAUGGCCUUGGAGCUAAAUAAAGGCAGGCCCGUCUUAGAGGGGAUCCCUGGGGGGAAAGAGACGAGCAUAGGUUCCUCCCAAGAUGCCACCCGCUUCAUUCAAGUGUCUGGCAGCACUGUGUUCCUGUUAGAGCCACCAGCACAAGCACCAGACGAUGCUGAUCCAGGUGAAAGCCCCAGUGCAGCAGCAACAGCACAUGAUGGAGACGAUGAUGAGGAGGAGACCAUCUCUCUGGAUUCCAGAAGGCAUGAGGACCCAGAUGCUAUACAGUGGGAAAACCAGCCUGGCAACAUAAGCUCACAAGCUAUCAGAAAGUUGUAUGGCAACCACCUCCGGCGCCAAAUAGAACUGGCAGACAUAGACAUUCAGUACAAGAAGAAAAAGCUAGAAAAUCUUGCACUGGACCUUGAAAUAAAAAAACUUGAGCGGGAGCUCCAAGAAGAUGACACAGCUCAAAAUAAAAAUUAGCAAUCAGUACAACCAAGUCAUCGUUAUAAGGCACCGGCCUCUUUUGCCCACCCCCCCAGCACCAGGUGUGGCCACUAGCCUAUAUGAAGGCCCAAAAUUGUGUGUUCCUUUCUGCUCUGACAAUGGCAUGCCCAUUCUUGCGAGAUGUGGUGGAUGAAGAAGCACUUGUGCUGAGGAGAGCCUUCAGGCGAGAAAGGGUCUUCAGGGACCGGUUGGACCCACUGGCCUUCCCUGAUGACCAUCUAUAUGAAAGAUACAGGUUUUCUGCAGAUGGCAUCAGGUAUCUAUGCAGACUACUGGGUCCCAGGAUUAAGCACCGCACUGCACGGAGCCAUGCACUGAGUGUGGAGCAAAUGGUUUGUGUGGCCUUGCGCUUUUUGGUGCAGUGGACUGCACACACAUAAGGAUAAAAGCCCCCUCAGGUGCCCAUGAGGCCGAUUUUGUGAAUAGGAAAUCCUUUCACAGCAUUAAUGUUCAGAUGGUCUGCAAUGCUGACUGUGUGAUCAGCAAUGUUGUGGCGAAAUGGCCUGGCUCAGUCCAUGACUCCAGAAUCUUUCGGGCCUCUGAAAUCUAUCAGUGCCUAUCACAAGGUAAG